AUGGGUUACGGUAUCUCACAAAAUGAAAGACCCCAUGCUAUUUGUUUUCCAUUUCCAUCUCAAGGCCAUAUCACUCCCAUGUUGAAUUUGGCAAAGCUUCUUCACCAUAGAGGUUUCCACAUAACAUUUGUCAACACCGAGUACAAUCACCGUCGUCUUCUCCAGUCGAGAGGCCCCGACUCUCUCGAUGGGUUGCCAGAUUUUCAGUUCAAAACUAUUCCGGACGGCCUUCCAUACUCGGAGGCCAAUUCCACCCAAGAUAUCCCUGCACUUUGUGAAUCCAUCAACAAAACUUGCUUAGCCCCAUUUUGUGACCUUAUUUCUCAAAUAAACUUGAACGCCUCUACUUCGUCUAAUGCCACUCCACAAGUUAGUUGUGUUGUUAGCGAUGCUGUUGGGUUCUUCUCAGUUUCAGCUGCCAAGCAGUUUAAGAUUCCUUAUGCAUUGUUCUUUACAGCCAGUGCUUGCAGCUACUUGGGUUAUUUACAAUAUCCUAAGCUCAUGAAGCAAGGAUUGGUUCCACUCAAAGAUGCAAGCUAUUUAACCAAUGGAUAUCUAGAAAAAACAAUAGAAUGGACUAAAGGAAAGGAGAAUAUACGAUUGAAGGAUCUUCCUACUUUGUUUAGAACAACAGAUCCAAAUGAUUUCAUGCUAAAUCUUGUUAUUCAAUUCAUAAACAUACGUAACCAAGCAACUGCACUGAUAUUAAACACAUAUGAUGACCUUGAAAAGGAUGUAUUAGUGGCUAGCACUCUCCCUUCCUCCAAUCCUCGUCAUUAUACAGUUGGUCCACUUCACAUGAUGGUCAAACAAAUUGAGGAUGAAAAAACAAGAGCAAUAGGUUCAAAUCUUUGGGUGGAGGAAUCUGAAUGCAUUGAAUGGUUGAAUUCAAAGGAACCCAAUUCUGUGGUUUAUGUUAACUUUGGUAGCAUCACAGUGAUAACAAAACAGCAACUGAUUGAGUUUGCUUGGGGAUUGGCAAAUAGCAAGAAGCCAUUUCUAUGGAUUACAAGGCCUGAUUUAAUUGUGGGAGAUUCAGCCAUUUUGCCUCAUGAAUUUGUAACACAAACCAAAGAUAGAAGCUUGAUAGCAAGUUGGUGUUGUCAAGAACAAGUGUUGGAACACCCUUCAAUAGGAGGGUUUCUGACACAUAGUGGAUGGAAUUCAACUAUUGAGAGUAUAAGUGCUGGUGUUCCAAUGUUAUGUUGGCUGUUCUUUUCUGAUCAACAUACAAACUGUUGUUAUUGUUGCACUGAGUGGGGGAUUGGCAUGGAAAUAAUUGAUAACAAUGUGAAAAGAAAUGAAGUGGAGGAGUUAGUAAGAGAGUUAAUGGAUGGAGAAAAGGGUAAGAAAAUGAAGGAAAAUGUGAUGAAUUUGAAAAGUAAAGCUGAAGAAGCAUAUAAACUUGGUGGUUGUGCUUGGAAACAACUGGAUAAAUUGAUAGAAGAAGUUCUUCAGUCAAAAGAUAAGUGAAGUGAUUUGGUUGUACUGUUCUAAGUAAAGUGUUUUGUUGUUUACCACACAUACUAUUUCCCAGGCAAUUUCGUGAUGUAUUACUUAA